CCUACAAAACCCUCUGUACCCUACUAGCCAUGCCCAGAUCCUACAUGCUGUUGGCCUGUGCCCUCCUUGCCCUCCUGGGCCUGGGAAGCAGCUGUGGCCCCAUUGUCCCCCGAGGGGAGUGGGGGGCCCUGGUGUCCAAGUGCGCGGAUCCCCUGCAACUGCCUGCCCGCCUUGUGGUGAUCUCCCACACUGCCGGCAGCACCUGCGCCAGCCCAGCCCUGUGCGAGCAACAGGUUCGGAACGUCCAGAGCUACCACAUGCGGACCAAAGACUGGUGUGAUGUGUCCUACAACUUCCUGAUCGGAGAAGAUGGCCUGGUGUACGAGGGCCGCGGCUGGCGCACCAAGGGCGCCCACUCUGGUCCCGCCUGGAACUCCCUCGCCAUCGGCAUCACCUUCAUGGGCAACUACAUGGAGCGCGCGCCCCCACCGCGCUCCAUCCGGGCACUGCGGAGCCUGCUGGACUGCGCUGUGGACCGCGGCUACCUGACCUCCAACUACCAGCUCAAAGGCCACCGGGACGUGCAGCAGACGCAGUCCCCGGGCGAUCAGCUCUACAACAUCCUCCAGAGCCUGCCGCACUACCACAAGUGAGGGCACCGGAGCCCCACCGCCCCUUCCCCAAUAAACACGCAG